AUGAGAAUCAAGGCAAAAGGUGACAAUUACGAUGACGGACGAAAUGAUUCUUUCACAGGUGCUUUGAAUGCCAUGGUAUCAAUGAUUAAAUAUUCGGCAAGUCAAGCCUACUGCAUGGCAGUUAAAAUUGAUCAAUCUAUCAGUGAUAAAUAUAUCAAUAUAGAGCCAACUAAUAAUUCGUCAUGCUACCAAAUUGUUGAUGUGCAAGAUGUAGCCGAAGAUAUGAGUCUGCAGCCGCUAUUCAUUCAAGUGCAUCAUAACCCUAAAAACCGUUUGCCCCUACAACAUUUAAUUGAUGAAGCAGCUGGAAGGACAUUGGGGAACGUCAAUUUGGAGUUGACAAAAAAUAUAACUGUUGAUUUGACUGAUGACGACGAUAUUGAUCUAUGGAGAGAUAAAGCUGGCUUCGUUGUCAGAGACAACCUGUACCUCUGUGAACUCACAGUCAAUAAAAGUCAAUUUGAGAAGACACUUCGAAUUGACACAACAGUGAACAUCUCGGAAUUUCAUGAUUCACAGAUGCAAGAAAUCUUGAAAUUCGACAAAACAUUGUGUUUUAUUGAUCGCAGUAAAUACCUCCAGUACCUUUUCAAAUGUACAAAGGUGAUUGUUGCUGAAAAUAAUGAUAAACUCAUAAUGGGCUAUGGUAUUUUCGAGAAAGACCGUAUCCUUGCUCUUUAUGCAAAUGAUUCUGGAACUGCGCAUGCGAUUGUACAAAAAAUGCUGCAGUUGAUGGAUUAUACUGAGGUAACAUUUUGUACGAAAAAAGGUUGUUGGAGCAUAGAAGACCAACCAGAAACCGGUCUCGAGAAAAUUAAACGCUUGCAUACACGUACAACUUCAGUAAACAUCGUAUGGGAAAAAAUUUUUGCUUUAAACGUGGGUGUAAAUCUGAUCUAA